GGAUUAGAGAUUUAAAUUUGACUUAAAACCAUGUCUGAGCUAGCAAGUUCAGAAGAAGAAACGGACUUUAGUGUCGUUAGCUCAAGAAACUAUCAGCGCGUUCAAGAUAAAGUCGCAAAGAUCAGCUACGUUGAUGGCAUCGCCGAUGGAAGGGAAAAGGUCUUCCAAGCCAGCUUCGAUCGGGGCUACGAGGAUGGCUUUAAGACAGGCUUUGAACUGGCCAAACUGAGUGCCUAUUUUGAAACCGAAAACUUGCCAAAACCCGACGAAACCCAAAAGUUCAAGCAACUUGACCUACCAGAGGCCACAGAUAAGACGCACUUCCAAUACUUGAUACAUCAAGGAGUACCCCUCAACGAGGUGUCCGAAAAGCAAGCGAAAUACUUGGACAAUUUGAUGGAUCAGUUCGCACAAACUAUCCCAGAAACUAUUAAUUUAUUCACACCCCAAAAGAGGGAGACUGAUAAUGUUAAUGUGGUUUAAUGCAUGUGUUUGGGAAUUAUCAAAAUUAACUGAACAUAGUAGAUCUUCUUGCGACUUAUAAAUACAGGCCCUCGGGCGUACCCUC